GGGCUUUGUCACGUGACCCAAGCCCUAAUUUCGCACAGGGAUGGAGCCGGAAGAAGGGACGCCGUUAUGGAGGCUGCAGAAUCUGCCAGCGGAGCAGGGCCCGCAGUUUCUUCACAAGAUAAUUGAUGGCAUUUGUGGCCGAGCGUAUCCUCUCUACCAGGAUUAUCACAGUGUUUGGGAUUCAACAGAAUGGAUACACAUUCUAGAAGAUAUUACUAAAUUUUUCAAAGCUGUAGUUGGUAAAAAUUUAUCUGAUGAAGAGAUAUUUCAGCAAUUAAAUCAGUUGAAUUCAUUUCAUCAAGAAGCUAUCAUGAAAUGCUUGAAAAGUAGGAAAAAUGAAAUUAAGCAGGCUCUGUUAGGAGAAAUAGUAGAUAUUUCCUCUGCACAGCUACAGGAUUUUGACUGGCAGUUAAAGCUUGCACUUUCUAGCGACAAGAUUGCUACAUUACAAAUGCCACUUUUAAACCUUCAUCUAGACAUUAAAGAAAAUGGUGAAGUAAAACCAUAUUCUGUUGAAAUGAGUAAAGAAGAGCUACAGAGUCUAAUAAAUUCCUUGGAAGCAGCCAAUAAGGUGGUCUUGCAGUUGAAAUAACUGGAAAUGAUGAAUACCAGUGCUGUCAGAUUUCACUGCUACAACUGAUAUGUGAUAUGGCAGAAUGAAUACUGUGUGUUCAGAAACCCUGCAAUGUAUUGACUGUUGUCCCAGGCCGAGAAAGCAGCAGUAUUGAGAUGACAAAGAUAAAAAUUUAUCAGCAUCCCUGAUGAACAGGAAAUUACAUGGUUGACAGGAAAUACAUAAAAUGAAAGAUGAAAAGGCUAUAGUAGCAAUUUAUAUUUUCAUAAUGAUUUUUGCCUCAUUUAUUAAAUAUUUGAGAAAUCUUUGUAGAUACAGAGUUUUAUUGAAAGCUAAAAAUGGGUUCUAAAGUAACGUAAGCAUAUAAAGCACAAAUAUACUUGAAUAUUGCUUAAAGGGUUAUGUGAAUAGCAAGGAAAUGUAUUAUGGAUUUAUAAAUAAUUUGUGAUAUUUUAAAAGAAUAACUUUUUCAAAGAAUGUAUAAGCUGCAUAUAUCGCUCAGGAGAUUCCGUAUCUUUUUCAUAUUUCAGAGGAAAUAUUAUAAGAUGUAAAAUUCCUUAGCCAAGAGCUUUGUCAGAUGUGAACAAGAAAAAAUAUUCUAAAUUUUUUUGAACAAUUUUGAGUUUAUGAAUUCUAGAAACUGAAACCUAGAACACAGAAAAAUCAAAAUAACACUUUUACUUCUAUGGUUCUAUGUUUGAUUGGGAGACUAUGCUCUGAUAAAAAGAAUGGAUGUCAUUGUAUAGUGUGUAUAAUACUAUUCAAAUAUCAGAUAAAACUACAUAAAGGUUCAUCUUUGUUAUAAACUCUUAAAAUUGAAUUUAUCACUUUUGAAUGUUAAUAAAUUCAUUGGAAAACAAACCAUUUUUAACCUCAGUUAACUUUAAAUACAAGCAUUUGAACAAAUAAAAUGUCAUAUUUUUUAUAUAUUGCUUUAUUUCAUAUGACUUUCCAUAUAACUCAGUAAAUCAGUAAUACAUCAUUGAUACCUGCUGUUUGCAAGUUUUAUGGUUCAUUCGAACAUGAGGUGUCCAGAGCAAUUAUUCCUAUUCUCAUCAUAUGGAUGAGGAUAGGCUUAGAGAGUUUUAAUAAAUAUCUGAGUGUGAUCUAAACUUGAAA